AUUUGUAGGUCCCUAUUGUUAAACUUACUGAUACCAAGACAGAUGUGAAAGUAGACAUCAGUUUCAACACGAAUAACGGAGUUAAAAGUGCCCAACUCAUCAAGGACUUCAAGAAAAAAUUCUCAAUCCUGCCAAAGUUGGUGUUUGUCUUGAAGCAUUUUCUACUUCAGAGAGAUUUGAAUGAGGUUUUUACGGGAGGAAUUAGCUCUUACAGCCUCAUCCUGUUAACAAUCAACUUCCUACAGUUGCAUCCAACGUAUGACCCUACUUGUCUCACAACAAACGUGGGAACUUUACUUAUUGAAUUCUUUGAGUUAUAUGGUCGGCAUUUCAACUACUUCAAGACGGGAAUCCGUGUAACGGAUGGGGGAGCUUAUGUGGCAAAGGAAGAAGUGCAGAGGGGAAUGACAGAUGGUUCACGGCCAUCAAUACUAUGUAUAGAAGAUCCUCUAACUCCAGGAAAUGAUAUUGGGAAGAGUUCUUAUGGUGCUCUAAAUGUCAAAAAAGCAUUUGAAUAUGCUUAUCUGGUCCUAAUCAAGGCUGUUCACCCCCGUCCAAUACAUUACAUAGACACCAGGCAUAGCAUCCUUGGAAGAAUUGUUCGUGUAACUGACGAGGUAGUGGAAUAUCGCCAGUGGAUACGCGAGACGUUUCCCCUCAGUGAUCCUCCUGGAGAAGUCUUUACUAUCCACUCUCCUCCUAUGUCCCCAAAGAAUUCCCUUCUUCAGACAUUUGACAGUGUAAAUAACGUUAGGGUACAAAAAAAUCCAACCCAUGGGACCAAUGUUUUUGAAAAAUGCCCCGUAGUGUAUCUUGAUAGUCAUUCGUCGAGCUGCUCUUCACUGUGUAGCACACCAGCAAGUUCUGGGUCCAGCAUUAGUAGUGACACGGAUUCUGAAGUUCUUUGUGAUCAGGGCCAACAGGUGACCAAUGGAAGGAAGCCUCAGAACGUGCAGCACAUAGUCGAGAUCCAGACAACCUCUAGUCAGUCAGCUAAAGGUGCCAGAGGGCAUUAUAGUAGGCCACCACAGCAUGUACAAGUCAGUAGGGGGCCUCAAACUAGCACACAAUCUUCAGAAAAUAGUGAGAAGCUUGCAUUCCACUGGCCUAAGCAACGCCGUUUCUCAAAUUCAUUCAGUGUUCCACAUCUAGGCCAGGGUUAUCUCUGUCCUCCAGCCACAGCUGGCAACCAGACCAACUGCUACAGUGGAGGGGGUGGACAGCGUUAUCGUAGUUUUUCCAAUAAACGGAAAAAGAACAACAACAACAAAAAAUAUGAAGGCAACAACUCAGUCAAAUGAUCUCGGUUUUUUUAUAGCGAGUUUGCUACUGCCAAAUUUGUAAUUUUUGUGUGAGAAUGUGCUUUGGAAUGAUCAGUUGAAUAUUGCUGUUGUUUUUUGUCCAACUUUGAGGUGUUCUUAGAUUAUUAUGGAAAAAAAAAAUUGUUUCAUCAUUCUCAUCACAAAAUGCGUGUUUAUCAUCUUCAUCAUCAAGAAAUAAAACUUGGCAUCAAAUAUCCAUGAACUUGGGAUUAGAGAGCUCAGUUGAAUGGGAAUUGUGUGUAAUUACAGAACUUACGUUAUUAACAAUAAUAGAAAAACAUUAGACAACUAGAAGUGUAUAACUGUGCAACGUCUGCUAUACCAUAAUAGAUUUGGUUUGAUUAUAGAGGAAGGGUUAUUGAUGACUGAAUAAUAGUGGUACAGAAGUAUCAAUAUUGGAUGUUCAAAGACAUUAAAUUUUUAUCCCCACCUCCCCAGUACUUCAGUCUAAAUAUUUUCUUUAUUUAUACAUAUUUGCUUUGGUCUUUUUUUUUUCUUCUUCUUCUUCAAAUUUGUACAUAGCAUUUAUGUACAUAAAUCUGUAAAUAUGUUACAGAGUCAUUCGUGUGACUAGAAAAAAUAUUUUGUUUUGAAAAGGACAAAUAGUUUACUAUAAAAAAAAAAAAAAAAGCUGGUUCUUGGAGCACAUAAAGAGUAUGUAAACACUCAGUUCACUUAUGUUCAUUAGUAGAUAUUUAAAAUGCACUACGUUAUCACAAAGAUGAGAUCCCCCAAUACAGGUUCAGCUCAACAUUUUAAAUUGUUGUGUGUGUGUGUAUAUAUAACUUGUGUGUACAGAUUUAAGACGACAAACGGUCAUUCCCUGCGAAAGAUGACAAGUAUGAGCAAUUCAAAUAAACAAAUUAGCUAACUCUAAAAAUGUCAAAUUUUGAAAUUUGGUUCUGAAGAAAACUCCUCAGUAUAGAAUUAAAUUAUUUGUCAGAUUUAUUUGGUUUGUAUUUCAUUUUGAUCAUUAUAAACUUUUAUAUUCCUGAUGUGCACUAAGAAAUAGACAUUUUUUAAUGAGUGCUAAUAUAUAUUAAAAAAAAAUGGUAAAUGAAGAUUAGUGUUUAAUUUAUUUUACAGUUACAGUAAUUAGAUAUAAUUGUAUCAUUGUUGUGUGAAAAAGAUUUAAAUUCAAGCUUUAAAAUUCAUAAUUUUUUUCCUGCAAUUUUUGUAUGUUUUUUCUCACAUGCUAUAAUUAAUUUAACAAACAAAGCUUUGGUCUUGCUUAUAAUUUAGAAAUGUAUAAAUCUUGUCAGACAUUUUGAUAAUGCAGUAAUACAUGUUUACUCAAGUGAUUUAGUUAAGGCUUAAUAUAUAAAAGCACACAGUAGUUAAUAAAGUUCACAAGAUGACUUUUUUUUUUUUUUUUUUUUUUAGUCUUAGCAAUGUAAUAAACUGUUGCCUUCUCAAUGUUACAUACUGACAUAUACAUUUUAAACAGGUUGAAAUGUAAUUUUGAGUAAAAUCUUAUCCUAAACUUUGAGUAUUAAUGUCAUCAUUCAGCUAACUUGAGGUUAUGAGAAUGAAAAUAUAUACAGUUCUCUAGAGCAUGGAGUAUAUAAAAAGCAGGACGAUUAAGACAAACCACUUAAGCACUCACCUUUUUUUUCUUUUUAAAAUUGAGUAACUAUGUAAAGCCACUUACCAGCCCAUAUUUACCUAAUUUUUCUGGGUCAAUAUCAUGUCUUUUUAAAUAUCAAAUUGUCUGCUUGAGAAACCUGUUAUACCAUCACCAGUAAAGUUUUGGUUUAUUGACAAUUAAAAAUGUGAAUCUAAUUGUUUGGAUUUUAUUCUGCAUUUCUGCUCAUUAUGCUUUCUUCUGUUUUUGUUUUGUAAUUGUACGUAAAAUUGCUAAUUAUCAUGAAACAUCAACAUGGCAUAUUUCAAUGGAAAAAAAAAGUACGUUUUAUAAUAAUGUGUUUUAACAUAAAUUUAGUUGAUACGUGGUAAUGAAGAACCCCGGGUUCUUUUGUGUGUGUGUGUGAUUUUUCAGCUACAGCAAGCACGGUUAACAUCCCUGUGUGCAUUGCUUGGACCUGUCAUGGAAUUGUCUUUUGAGAAUUACUUUCAAAUUCAUAUUUCAUUUAUAAAAAUGAAACUUGUUAUUAUUACUAAUACAUACUGGAAAUAAUUUCACUGUCUGAACAUCGGUGCACGUAAAGAAAUAGAAUUAGAAACCAAAACUACAGAUUCUGAUUAAUAGGGUUAAAGAAUGUAAUAGUAGUUGUUAGGUCUGGUUAUUGAAGUACAAAGUGAUGUGUGAAUGUACUGUAAAGAAGCUUGUUAUGGACAGGAAUUCCUCUAUCUGUUAUUAUAGUUUAUGUAUGUCAAUCAGGUGUUAAACUGAAUAUGAUGCUGUUAUCACACACAGUGAAUAAUGAAAGCAAUUUGUGUGUGUGUCACGGGACAGGUUUCUUGUAAUGCUAAAACAGUAAAUUAGAAAUUUUAGUGUCUGAAUUUAGAAAACCAGAUUGGUUACUGUUAAAAAUAAUUUGAUAAUGCAACCUGUCGUUAGCAUUUUUGUCCUUUACAAACCUUCAUUUAAGAAAAACAUCAUCAGUCAGAAGUGAUUCUGCAUUCACGGGAGCCUUAAUUUGUGUGUACGCUUGCACGUAUGUAUGUAUCUUUUAUGAUUGGUGAUAUAAGGAACUCUGGUCAAUAUCAAGUAAAAUUUGCAGCAUAAACCUUGUAGUGCCUAUCAUUUUGAUAUUAAGUAAUUACUAUUCUGUAUGCUGGCAGCUGUUUAACAUUAGUAAAUGAAUUUUAACUGAUAAGUAAAAUGUAUUUUUUUAAUCCUUAAAAAAUCAUGACUAUCCUAUCUUGACAGUAAAAAUUGUGAAAGAUCUUGUGAUCCAAAAAUAAUUACUAGUCUUAAAUGCAUUGUUUGUGCAUCAUAUUUAGUUUGAACUGUAUGUAGAGAGAGAUUUCUGUGCACUUAUUUAAAAGAAAUCAAUUAUACACAAUUCUUUCAAAACUUUCAUUGAUGUACUUUAUUUCAAGACACUCCAUGACAGGUUUUAAGUUGAUUUUAACAGCCUUCAAAGUAAACUAUGUAACCAUUUUGAUGCUUGUUUUAUUCUUAACAAAACAGGAUUCCUUAAAGCCAUUAAUUCAGUAAAGUUUAUUAGAUGAUCAUGGGUUUCCAUUGGUGUAACAAGUUAAAAAAAAUUCAAACAUGCUUAGUUUUGUUUUACUGCAAAGUUUGAAAUUAUUGUUUGUUUGGGUCGAUUGGAUUUGAAAACCUGAAAAACCCUAAAAUUGUGUUUUUCAUUCAAAUGUCUAGUAAAUUUGAGUUUAACUUUAUAGUACUUAUUUCAAAUAAUACUAAAGUUGUGUAAGUUCCAGAUAAUUAAUGAAUUAAAUUAAUAAUUUCAAGGAAUUCUAGCAUCAAGUAAACAUUUUCCAAUUAAAAAAAAAAAAA